CUGAAAAACAGAGGAGAGGAGGCAAGAGUGAGUCAAAGGGUCGCGUCUCCUCGACCAGACUUGUAGCUCCUCCACACUCUCUGCCAACUGCGUCCCAAUUUGUUUGAGGAUGAGUUCUGUCGAAGUGAAUGAUGAGAAUCGUGGGUUCUGCCCUGGAGGAAAACACAGCAGCUUAAAUAACGACAUAUUUGCCCUGGAUCAGCCGACUGGCAGGCCCUCGAUCCUGCGUCAGACCGAGAACCUGCCCAGUAAGACUGUGCCAAAGGGGUCGAAGGUUUGUUUUCAGACUCCGAGGAGAGACCCCAUGACCAAGAGAAUUGUGUCUCCAAGUAAGUUGAUGAAGAUGACCAGUGUGGAUGAGUGUACCAAAGCAAUGGAGCCUGUAAAUUUGGAUACAACGUGGGAUUUGCCACAGAAGGACACUGAAGUGUCGUCCUUUCCCGAUGACGACAUGCCAAUACAAAGCAAAGGAGGCUAUCAACUGGAUUUUGACAACCUUGACGCUAUGAAUCCUUUUCAGUGCUCUAAUAAGAUGGUUCUGUCUCCUGCAAGACCAACUGUUAAAAGCCCUCCUGCAGAUCAGAGUGUGCCUCAGCACACACGACCAGAGAAUAACGUGGAAUCAGCCUUGGAUGAGACGCUUCCUUUCACUGCAUCUGUGGAAAACUCAUUGGUUGACAACUCCACCAACAUCAGCUCCACAGAGAGCAGCGUGGUCACAGUGGUAGCCAUCCCAACCGUUGAAGAGCAAGACUCGCGCACUGCCACGCCUGACGUAGAACAGCACACUCUGACAACUUCAAAUGCCGAUGGAGACAAAGCUUCGGGCAGCUUUGUGGAAGAUGCCCCUCUGCCUGCCAAAGGCUUGUACAACUUGGAUUUUGACAACCUUGAUUCAGUUAACCCUUUCCAAUCUGGUGGCCCAAAAAUCCCGAAUUCACCCGCGCUUGAAAGAAAAUUGCAAGACAAUAAUGAACUUGUUGAGGAGCCACAAAUACAGGAAGCUAAACGUGCAGAUACUGUCCACGUCCCAGACGUGGUGGCUCAAAAGUUGCCUGUUCAGCCCGAGGCGAAACCAAUAGCCACAGUGGUGCCAAUAUCCACGACUACAGCCAAGGCUCCAGCUGCCGAAUCCCAGCCAGAUGUUGCCCCAGUCAAGGAAGGUCCAGUCAAGCUCGAGUUCAAUUUCGACGAUGGAGGUGAGGUUAAACAGAGGCGACCGCCCAAGAAAUUUGGCAAGAGGCCACCGGGUGCAAAAUCUAAAGAUGCAAAUCCAGCACCUGACUUCAAUCCAUUUGGAACGAAAGCAAGCAUGGACAAUUCUCCCAAGUGCAGCAAGAAACCCAGUCCCGUGCGCAUGGAAGCUGCCAUUCCAGAGCAAAUGGAGAAGGAAGCUGUAUCACCAGCAUGUGAUGAACCCAGACUUGCUGCCCCCGAUCAUGACAUAGGAGCUGUGCCGAGUCUUCCCGAACUUUCCGGAUUGUGUCAACCUGAGCAGAAGUCGGAGGCUGCGCUGUUUGAUUUUACUGACAGUUUUGUUCCUGGAACAGUUUUCAUGGGCAGUGAUUUUGAUGGACAAAUGGACUACCUUGAACAGUUUGGAUCCAGCAAUUUCAAGGAAUCUGCGCUGAGGAAACAAUCCUUGUAUCUUAAAUUCGACCCGCUCCUCAGAGAGAGUCCAAAGAAGUCUGCUUCUGCUGCUGGUCCGACCCACGUCCCUCGUCCUGCUGCCUUUUCCUCACGCCUUGAAGCUCCACAGACGACAGAAAAAGAGGCAACGCAGAGACCACACGACUAUGAUUUCAAACUGAUCGACGCUGCAGCUCCAACUCCAGUCCUCAAGAACCUCGUCCCUACUUUCCCACAACUAGCAAACGCGGAAGACUCCAUUAUUGAAGUGCUGAAGUACAGUCAGAAAGACAUGGACGCAAUCGUCGCCAGAGUCCAGGCAGAAGGAAAGGAAAACGAGGAACGAUGGUGUGCAAAGUAUAAAAAUCUACUCGACGACGGUCAAGAAAUGAGGAAGAGGCUGGCAGAAUAUGAGCUUCUGAUGGCAAAAAUGAAGGAUGAUCAGGAGAAGGACAAAGGAAUGGCACAGAUGAGGCUCGAUGAGGCGCUGCUGGAGAAGGAGCAAGUGGCCAGUGACCUGAACUCCAUGGAGAGAUCGUGCUCCGAGCUGUUCAAAAGACUGCAGAAGUACAAGGAUAUGAUCGAGGGCUACAAAAAGAAUGAAGAGAAUCUGAAAGCCGGCGCUCAAAGCUGCAUAACUCGGAUCCAAAAGGAGGAGCAGCGCUACCAGACCCUCAAAGCCCACGCUGAUGAGAAAAUUGCCUGCGCAAACCGAGAAAUCUCUGAGGUACAGUCCAGGUACAAGGCUGAGGUUUCGGCUCUACAGGCCCAGCUGCGCAGGGAGCAGCUGAAGGUGCAGUCACUAGACAAGAGUCUGGACCAAAAGGAAAAGGAGGUCGAAGAGCUGACCAAACUUUGUGAUGAACUUAUCACCAAAGUCCAGAGAGUUUAGGCUUGUUUGUAAAUACUCUUGAUUCCUGACUACUUUUUUUCCUUGUUUGUGUCCUGUUCAUGUUCACUAUUUCGUCUUUUUCAAUGUUCUUAAAAAUACUGUAAAGGCUAAUAAAGAUGAUGAUUUAA